UCUCUCUCUCUCUCUCUCUCUCUCUCUCUCUCUCAGGUCGAAUUUUUCAGCGCGAUCAAAUCCCGGGUUUGGUUUUUUGGGCGACGAGCUUCCAUCUGUUCUGGGAUCGGAGGAACCCUAACGACUAACGAGCGAGCGAAAUCGAAAUCGAAAUCAACUUCCAGGUUCCCUUUUUCUUCCUUUAAUUUCUGGCUUAUGCUUUCUCUAUUUUCUGGCUUAAUUUGCACUGCACCGUACGGAAAAGUUAGGGUUUUGUUUCUUGAUUUGAAUUUGAAAUCCCGUUUGAAAAUGAGAAUGCCGUUGGGUUAUUGGGGUGCGCCGUUGGGUUGCCGGUUUCAUCCAACUGAUCAAGAAUUGGUCGCUUCCUAUCUUCGCGUCAGAGCUAUCGCCGGAAAGCCGUUGGGAAUUCCCUUUAUUUACGAGUACAAUCUCUUUGGCCAAACACCACCCUGGGUGAUUUGGGAAAACUUCGGCGGGAAUUCCCUCCUCGAUCAGGACUUGUUCUUCUUCUACGAGCUGCGUUCUAGCGGCAGCCGCAGCAAACGCCAGAUCGAAGCUGGAGGCACUUGGAGCGGAACAUCCUCCGACAAAGUUUUAGGCUUGGAUGGAAAUCAAAUCGGGGAAAAACGGCACUUCAAGUAUACAAACAAAGGCUCUGAGAACAAUGGCGACUGGCUCUUGGAAGAGUACAGUCUUCUUCCUAGCGCAGUUGCUGGCGCAAAGGUGGUUCUUUCUCGACUUAAAAGGAAUCCGAGGUCUAGGUGUGGAAACAAGAUGGAUUCCUCAGUUCCAACUCCUGAAUUCAAUGAGAAGCCACCAGUCAAGAGGGCAGGAAAACAAGUAUUGAAUGAGAAGCCGCCGGUUAAGAGAAAGAGAGCAAGAACAGAGGAAUUGAAUGAGAAGCCGUCAGUGAAGGAAGAAAAAAAAGAAGUGGGAUCACAAACAAAUACUAGUGCGAGUGUGGUCACCAUUGGUGAACUACAAGACUGCCCUAGUACAAGCAGUAGUCCUGAUGAAGGAAAUAGGAUGAUUAGUGAGACUGCCAAUAAUGAUCAGGAGUGCAUAAGCAACAUUCAUGGCAAUGCGAAGAUGACCAAUUUUUCUGUUCAUGAUUAUGUGCCGCUGAUGAGUGAUGUUUAUUCUGAUCCAAUAUGCUUGGGCGGUGAAGGUGGUGGUACCACUAGCGAUGAAGAAAUUAUUUUACAUGCUGAGAAUUUCUUCUAGGCUUUGACCAAUGGUUGGGAACGGUUGAAGGUGAAUCACCACAAGAACAUCCUCAAAUUGACGAAUGCAGCCAACCGUCGGAUGGAAUCAAAUACUGGACGGACUGCUUGUGGAUGAGCGAUUCUGCGAAUGAUCAAUAGAGGAGAUGUAGAAGGGACGGCAGCUGUCUAAUUUCCACAGCGUCAGAAGCACAGUUUUUGAUCAUGACAAACUUUAAUCGUCUUUCUUAGUAUACAUUUUAUUUUGUUUGGUUCUUUAGUUAAUUGAGAAAUUUGGUGUAGGUGUUUUCCUUGGCUUCUUCUCUGCCUUACUGAUCCAUUGCAUGCCUCUUCAUUUUGCAGCCAACGGGUCUACUGUGUUCUCCCAUUCAUGUACCGAAGGACACAUGUCCUUAAGUAAAUUCUAGUUUUUCUGGGAAGUGGUUGAACGGUGAAGCUAGUGACCCCUUGGAUGAUCAGUUUCCACUGUGUAUGUAUGUGUUUCUAGGAUCAGUGCCAAUUUUAAUGCACUGAAAGCUUAUAUUACAAUUCUCUUCUGCCCAAUGUUCUUACUUUCUGUUUAUUUCUACUGCCAGAAGGUAUCAAGGUUGGUGAUUUCGAUUACCAUACUCAAUCUCUUUUUAUUUGAAAUUCAGAUUGAUACUUUCUGUUCCUUUGAAUUACUCCCUCUGUAUGUGUGGUCGUGUGAGCGUGUGCGUGUUCUGUUUAUUACACUUGCAUUUUGAUGUCAGAAUGUCGUGUUUAGUUUUCCUUUCAUGUUUCCCAUUCUUCUUCGCUUUGUGAAGGUGUUGUUAAUUUUGUUGGUGAUGAGGACAUUUCUUGCCACUGCUUCUAUGGCUUUUGCUCGAACGUAUGUUUCUCUCUUGAAUUUUUAGUCUUGAUACCUUAGCAACAACUUGUCUAUAUUAGAUGAGGGACUUUCUGUUUUUGGCCUGCAGUGCAAUUUUCUUACCGUAAUUUUUUGUACUCAAUCUCUUACUACAAUACUUGCUGUGUUAGUUUACGUUUUACUACUUUUUUAAUUAAUAAAGUGGAAGCUAUGGGCAUGUACAACAAUAAAGACAUACAUGGAACAGAUUGAACGCCCCACGGAGCACUAGUCCAAUAACGUAGUGUCAUGUGUAAGUUUUUCUUCACAUGUCAAUACAUUAUUGGAUUUGGAUGUCACGGUGACGGUUAACCUGUUCCAUGUAAGCUUGGAAGUUUUCCUGAAUUUACAGUCAAGAUUGUUCCGUUCUGUGCAUUGUUUUUUCUGUUUUACAGGUUCAGUAGUCCAAUAGUCUUAAGGCUGCUUUUCAUGGAGCCUCAUGGGACUUGGCCGGGGAACGAGCUACGUGGACUUGAUCAGGGAUAUGAGUUCAGAUGGUCUAGGAAAUAAUUUCAAGGCGAAGAAAAGCAUCAUCGAACCGUUGCUAAAUAGUUUCUACAGAAUGUGAUGAUUCGUUUGUAAAAAUUUACCCAAAACGGGAUUACUUUACGUUGUUCUAAUGUCUUUUCAUUAGUCUCCGUUACUCUGAUAGAAAAUGUGCAAAAAAGCUGGAAGUAGCAGUACGAAUUUUAUUUGAGUUAUGCA